CAUCAUCCUUUCGUUCUCCUUUGUGAACUAGUAAUCCUAACAUUUCAGAGUCGGAAGAGACACUAGAAGUCACCCCAAGCAGCCGCCCCUGUCCAGCUUCUGACAAGUGACAGAACAUUCUUCACAAUCCAAAAGAAAAAGAAGAUUGGUUCGGGAUGUUUGACGGCUAUGAUAGCUGCAGUGAGGACACAAGUAGCAGCUCCAGCUCCGAGGAGAGUGAAGAAGAAGUUGCUCCUUUACCUUCCAAUCUCCCAAUUAUCAAAAAUAAUGGACAAGUCUACACAUACCCAGAUGGUAAAUCUGGCAUGGCUACCUGUGAAAUGUGUGGGAUGGUCGGUGUACGAGACGCUUUUUACUCUAAAACAAAACGUUUCUGCAGUGUUUCUUGUUCAAGAAGUUACUCGUCAAACUCUAAGAAGGCAAGCAUUCUGGCCAGACUUCAGGUAACGGGUAAGCCUCCAACAAAGAAAGCAAAAGUUCUUCAGAAACAGCCUUUAGUUGCUAAAUUAGCUGCAUAUGCUCAAUAUCAAGCUACCUUGCAAAAUCAAGCAAAGACAAAAGCAGGUAAUUCUGCAGUCUCCGUGGAAGGCUUCAGCUGGGGUAACUACAUCAACAGCAAUAGCUUCAUAGCAGCUCCAGUCGCCUGCUUUAAGCAUGCACCUAUGGGGACCUGCUGGGGUGAUAUCUCAGAAAAUGUAAGAAUAGAAGUUCCCAAUACAGACUGCAGUCUACCUACCAAAGUCUUCUGGAUUGCUGGAAUUAUAAAAUUAGCAGGUUACAAUGCUCUUUUGAGAUAUGAAGGAUUUGAAAAUGAUUCUUCUCUAGACUUCUGGUGCAAUAUAUGUGGAUCUGAUAUUCAUCCAGUUGGUUGGUGUGCAGCCAGUGGAAAACCUCUCGUUCCUCCCCGAACUGUUCAACACAAAUACACAAACUGGAAAGCUUUUCUAGUAAAAAGACUUACCGGUGCCAAAACUCUUCCUCCUGAUUUCUCACAAAAGGUUUCAGAGAGUAUGCAGUAUCCUUUCAAACCUUGCAUGAGAGUAGAAGUAGUUGACAAGAGACAUUUAUGUCGAACAAGAGUAGCAGUGGUGGAAAGUGUAAUUGGAGGAAGAUUAAGGUUAGUGUAUGAAGAGAGUGAAGAUAGAACGGAUGACUUCUGGUGCCACAUGCACAGCCCCUUAAUCCACCAUAUCGGAUGGUCUCGAAGCAUAGGCCAUCGAUUCAAAAGAUCUGAUAUUACAAAGAAACAGGAUGGACAUUUUGAUACGCCACCACAUUUAUUUGCUAAGGUAAAAGAAGUAGACCAGAGUGGAGAAUGGUUCAAAGAAGGAAUGAAGUUGGAGGCUAUAGACCCAUUAAAUCUUUCUACAAUAUGUGUUGCAACAAUUAGAAAGGUGCUGGCUGAUGGGUUCCUGAUGAUUGGGAUCGAUGGCUCAGAAGCAGCAGAUGGAUCUGACUGGUUCUGUUAUCAUGCAACCUCUCCUUCUAUUUUCCCUGUGGGUUUCUGUGAAAUUAACAUGAUAGAACUGACUCCACCCAGAGGUUACACAAAACUUCCUUUUAAAUGGUUUGACUACCUCAGGGAAACCGGCUCCAUUGCAGCACCAGUAAAACUAUUUAAUAAGGAUGUUCCAAAUCACGGGUUUCGUGUAGGAAUGAAAUUAGAAGCUGUAGAUCUCAUGGAGCCACGUUUAAUAUGUGUAGCCACAGUUACUCGAAUUAUUCAUCGUCUCUUGAGGAUACAUUUUGAUGGAUGGGAAGAAGAGUAUGAUCAAUGGGUAGACUGUGAGUCCCCUGACCUCUAUCCUGUAGGGUGGUGUCAAUUAACUGGAUAUCAACUACAGCCUCCAGCAUCACAGUCGUCAAGAGAAAGCCAGUCAGCUUCCUCAAAACAGAAGAAAAAGGCUAAGUCCCAGCAAUACAAAGGACAUAAGAAAAAAAGGAAGAUGCCAGUUGGGAAGAAGCCUGUCAGUUUGUCGAGCCUGCCCAUGACAGGCGGGGUGCGGAGGAGCUUCUCUGGGGACGAAGAGUUGACUCCUCCUCCAUAUCGAACCCUGCCAGCACAGACAGCCCUGGAGGCCUUCCCACCUCCCAGCACUAGCCGAGAGUUCAGGCCCAGCCUCAAAACAGGUAUUGAAGAAAUGACGUCUUCUUAGCUGUAAAAUUGAUAGAACAUGAAGAUGAACAACCAGGGCACUCCAGAAGACUUGGUAACAUCCCGUGCAUUUCUGUCUCAUACAGUGACCACAUCGCAGCUGAAGGAGGAGCUGCUAGAUGGAGAGGAUUAUAGCUUCCUCCAAGGAGCAUCUGACCAAGAAAGCAAUGGCUCUGCCACCUUCUACAUCAAACAAGAGCCAUGAGGUGGCUCAGAAACUAGGGGUGGGAGGGACUGUUUUACAGGACAGAUUUGUAGUCAUCCAGCUGUACAGCAGGCUAUUCUACUGGGACAUUUUGCUAAACACAGAAAAGUUCAGUUCCAGAUUUUUCAGGUGGGGGGAAACUAUUUUGGUGGGGGGGAAUUUUUCAAUUUAUAAAGAUGGACAAUUUUUGUGUUGUAUUUGAAGCUUUUGAAAGAAUUUUGUAAUAUUUUCCAAGUUUGGAUUUAUGUGCAUUGUUAACAAGAACUGAAAUUCUAACUUUUUUGGUAAGAUUAAAGUUUAGGUAGCAGGAUUGAAGGAAAUGAUUAAGAAGGAUAUAGCUGUAAAUGCAAAUGAACUGUCGUUACAAAUGAACCUUCUUGGUACCUGUUGGGAGAUUUUUGGAUUUUAGAGUUAGGCCAGUCACAUCUCCAGCUUCCUUUGCUGCAGAAAUAUGCAACUGAACCCCUCACAGAGGGCUCAUCACCAUGUAGAUCACGGAAGGGGUCAUUAAUUGUGCUUGCUGACAUUUUAUUGCAGCCCAUUUAAAUGUACAGAAAUUUUUUCAUUCUGCUAAAAUUUAUUUGGAGUUAUAUAUGAAACUAGGAGAACUCUGGAUACUUUUAUAUGCUCUCCACGUAAAAAUGAUAAACUUUUCUAACACUAAUGUGUUAAACUGGAAUGAUUGACAAGAUACACAGGAUCUCAGUCUAUAAAAGGGGUUGGGGAAAAUGAAUAUUUUCCUAAGUUUAUUCUAUUUUCCUUGCUAGAGAACAUCCCAUAAAAGGGAUAUUCUUAUCAAACCUCUGCCAUUUCCCUCCAUCUGAGAGAGAGCAACUUAAUGUAACCACGCCUGAAAACAGAUGUUCUGUAUUACCAAGGGAAUCAGAUAAAAAAAAAAAAUUGUUAACCAGAAUAAGUUUAGAUUUCAGAAUCAUUCCAGCUCCACUUUUAACUGGAUUUGUUAGAAACUGAUUUGAGGAAAAAAACAUCAUUUUCUUAAAAUUCCAUUCACACACACACACACACAUAUUAUGAGUUGUCUUUAAUUGUAGUCAGAAUUUAACAAUAACUGAUUUGGACCAUUUUAAACAUUCCCUAUUUUAAAAUUCAUAUGGCUUCCUUUAAAAAAAAUAGGAUAAAAGGGUAAAUUGGUGAAAGAUUUGCUCUCUGCAUUUUCUACCCUUCUACCGAGUUGUGACUGAAUGAGAGCUCUAGAAUUUACCAGUGAGGUUCAUAAACUAAACUCUCAGGAAUUCAUUGCAUCUGUUCUAGAAGUGCUUCUGGGUCUGAGCCUGGCCUCUUCAGAGUGGUAAUACUGCCCAUCUCCUCUGGAAAAUAGGCAGGGCUAAUGAGAAAUUAAUCAAAAUGAUUAACCUCUGCAGCCCUUGAGCCUAUGGAAUGCUUUAAAAAAACGCUAAUGGAAAACCCCAGGAGACAUUUUAGUAAGAUUUUUGUUUGACUUUUAAAUGCAUAGAACAUUAAAAACCAGCAAUUUAUUUUCUAAAAUAUUGCUCUACUUUUGGGAAUAAUAGCAUUGGUAAUACGCACAGGUUUACCUCAUUCUAUGCAAGAGGGGUUAAUAACAUAAGGUUUUGUAGUAGCUACUGGAAGUAAAAUGUGUUACUUUAUAGUGUAAAAAUGUAUGGAAUCGCAUGUCACCAUUUCUUAAUACUGACUCUGGGGGCUAAAUGUAGAUCACAUCAAUGCAAGUUGAAUCUCGUGUCAAAUAUAUGUGAAUUCAGCUGUAAAAUUACUGGAUAUUUAUCUUAAACAACAUUGUGGAGGGGGACCUACUGUAAAUGUGACAUCCUCAAACUUUCCAAAUCUUUGACUUUGAAGAAUCUUCCCAGGAGCUUCAAGCCUAGAAGAGGUCCAAAGCAAAGGUUAUAGCAGUCUUUCUUCUCAGGCUCAGCGGAUUAAACCCAGGACUGUGCUUCCAUGGUACCAGCACAAGAAGCCUGUUGUAUGGGGUGCUCUCCUCAUACCUUAGGUGUAGGAGCUCUCCGGGGAAUGAACUGUAAGCCAGGAAGGAUGUGAUUUCAUGCCAGCCAGUCCUGGUAAUUAGUUCUGUGAAAUGCUCAUUUGUAGCCAGGUUUUACAAGCUUCCAAUUGUAUACCAAAACCAGGCUUGGCGUGUUUAAAAUUCCCCACCUACAUUCAUAAAGUGUUUAUAUUCACCAACAGUGAAGGGUUUGUAAAGACUUGUUCGGAGUCUGAAUACAACCUGAAGCCCUCUUCUUUGUUAAGACCCUCACUCCUGCUGCUAACACAGAAAGUUAACCAGAGGAGGCUUCCAUCGUAGCCAUAAUUCCUGUCGUCGUACAACUCAUUAGCCCCGUUCUCUUUUACAGUUCAAAAUGUACUGCUGACCUUGGGUUUGCUUUUGUUUCCUGUUAGGAGCCUGGGAACUUUUAGUAGUUUAAACUUUUUAACCUUUUCCUUGCUGUGUAUGAGGAAAGCUAAAGCUGUUAUCAACUUCUUAUUCUGCGGAUACUAACACGGGUUUUCAGUGUUUGUUUGUUUUUAUUAUUGUUAAUUUUUGUGUGAUGUGAAUACCCUCCCCCAUCAAUAUUUGUAUUAUGGUGCUAUAUAUUUGGUAAUGAUCCUUUAAUAUUGGGGAGGGAUUUUAAAAAAUACUGUGAUUAAACUGGGUAUCUUCCUUUGAUUUUCAUAUUUUAAAUAAAGCCACAGUCAUUUAUACAAAAAAACAAAUAAAUAAAUAAAGAUGCAUCUGUCCCUGGACAAACCUUUCAAGGACAGAGGCCAAAGUAAAGUACA